GCGAGGGUGAGCUCGUUAUUAAUGUAAUUUUGUGAAAUAUGUACUAAUGACAUGUUUUUCUUCCUAGUUUCUUUUUCGAACAAUUUGAUUUCUAUUGCAAUCUAGUUAAAUUGAACGAUAAAGAUUGCGGUGGCGUUGCAGUCGUACGUUGGCACUGCGUCGUUAAACUUGACAUUGUCGGUCAGAAAGCCGAAUUUCAUGAUGGCCGUACCAGGGCCGUACCAUCACCUACGACAAGUCGACAAGUGCCUAUUACCACAGGUGGUAAACGAAAAUCUUUGCCUAUCCUUGAGCGGUGCCCCUAAAGAUGUCCACGAGCAAGUGACGCUGUUCCGCAACCUCGAUGGCCCAGUCCUCCCUAACUAUUUAAGCCAAUGGACUUUCGAGAAGGUCAAAGCGACAUUGACCUUAAACGAUGGUCAAAAGUAAAACAGACCAUAUUGUCGCUGCUGUCGGUUUGAACACAAACACGGAAUUGGCUGUCGCUUCUGAUUUGGAAAUAGAUUCCAAUUUUGGUGGUUAUCGAGUCAAUGCUGAGCUUGAAGCACGACCACACGUCCGGUUGGCUGGAGAUGCUGCCUUCUUUUGUGAUAGCAAAUUGGGUCGUCAUCGUAUGAAACAUCACCACCAUGCUGUUGUAUCGGGGCAAUUGGCUGGAGAGAAGAAUAUUGGCAACGAAACAUGGAUGAACAACUGCAGUGCACUGUCACCAAGUGCAUUCUUCGUCGUAUUAUUAGUACGCAAUCAGUGUCGUGCUGUUGCCGUUUGUCGUAUCGUUUAAGGUUGGGUCGAUCACUGGUGUACCCAUGUCUCCUGGGUAUGGCGGAUACCAAAGCACCACGCCGCCGCCUUGCUACACAACGACAACAUUCGCACCAACCGGUUACUACACUGAGGGCCACAAUUACUACACCACCAAGGCUCCAGAGUAUUACACCGCAGCUAAUGCUGCCCAGAGCUAAAUCACCAAAGAUCCUGAGUACUACACCGAGGCUCCCAAAUACUACACCACCAAGUCACCGGAGUACUACACGUAUGUUGCCCCAGCUUAUACACCGAGGCUCCCAAGUAUUACUCAGUUCCUAGCUACUACACCGGGGC